AUGGGUGACGAAUAUUGGGAUACCGUCGUUCGAGGGAGUAUUGGAGAGAAGAGAGCUUCACGAUUUCUGUCCAGCAGCACGGAGAACUGCCCGGUUUUUGUAUUCGCACCGUGUUUGCUCUGCCAUCGGUAUGGUACCUGUGGUCGUGUGCGGACGACAGUGAAACAACUAAAGAAUGUGAACGCUUUGAAUUAUGUUGUUGUGAGCGUGUGUGUCCGUGUGAAGGACUGUACAGUUUGUGUGUGGUGCUUCGAUUCAAUCACGCACUCUUUAACGGUCAGCAGAACAGAAUUUGGGUUACAACUGGAUGCUGUUGGUAUGUGA